UGAGAUGUCACUAGGCAAUUGUAGUAAUUUAAAAAAAAUGGCAAAGCAAGUGACAAUGAAAGAGAGAGACAAGCAAGCAGCAUUAGAAUUCAACAUCCAAAUGAAAAUUGGAAAAUAAUUCCCAAUCCCCAAGCACAGCCAAAGGUACAAACCAUCAAUGCAGAAAAUGGGCAGCCAAUCAGGAGCACUCCUCCUUCUCCUCUUGUUGAUCCAGUUGACUUUGUGCUCCCACUCCGUCGCCACCUACAGACCAUGCCAGCCGCCGCGCCACCACUCCUAUCCCUUCUGCAACACCUCCCUCCCGCUGAAAUCCCGCGCCCGCUCCCUAAUCUCCCUCCUCACCCUCCCGGAGAAGAUCCAGCAGCUCUCCAACAACGCCUCCGCCGUGCCCCGCCUCGGCAUUCCCUCAUACGAGUGGUGGUCUGAAUCCCUCCACGGCAUCGCCUCCAACGGCCCCGGCGUCUCCUUCAACGGCACCAUCACCUCCGCCACGGGCUUCCCCCAGGUCAUCCUCGCCUCCUCCGCCUUCAACCGCAGCCUAUGGGCGGCGGUGGCCUCCGCCAUCGCCGUCGAGGCCAAAGCAAUGCACAAUGCGGGGCAGGCCGGGCUCACCUAUUGGGCGCCCAAUAUCAACAUCUUCAGGGACCCCAGGUGGGGAAGGGGCCAGGAGACGCCGGGGGAGGACCCCAUGGUCACCUCGGCUUACGCCGUCGAGUAUGUCAGAGCUUUUCAGGGGGAGUACCACCGCGCAGCGGAGGGGUACAAGUAUGGGCUGCAGAGGAGAGCUUUGGGAUUGGGGGAUGAUGAUGGGAUGAUGCUGUCUCUUUCUGCUUGCUGCAAGCAUUUCACUGCUUAUGAUUUGGAGAAAUGGAGGCAGUUUGCUAGAUACAACUUCAAUGCUCUGGUAAGUGAUCAGGACAUGGCAGAUACAUACCAAGCACCAUUCAGGAGCUGCAUCCUGCAGGGUAAUGCCAGUUGCUUGAUGUGUUCCUACAAUUCCGUUAAUGGGAUUCCAGCAUGUGCAGAUCGUGAUCUCUUACAAAAAGCUCGAACUGACUGGAAUUUCAGAGGAUACAUCACCUCCGACUGUGAUGCUGUGGCUACCAUUUACGAAUAUCAGAACUAUACAAAGUCUCCCGAGGAUGCUGUUGCAGCUGCUUUGAAAGCAGGAACUGACAUAAACUGUGGAACUUAUAUGUUGCAUCACAUGAUGUCUGCAUUUGAGCAAGGGAAGGUUUCAGAGGAAGAUAUAGAUAAGGCGCUACUCAAUCUGUUUCUUGUUCAGCUCCGGCUUGGACUCUUCGAUGGAGAGGCUGCAAGAAAUCGUUUUAGAGGAUUGGGGCCGAAAGAUGUCUGCUCUUCAGAGCACAGGAAAUUGGCUCUUGAAGCAACUCGGCAGGGUAUUGUGCUUCUGAAAAAUGAGCAGAAGUUUCUUCCCUUAAACAAACACGUCGUCUCGUCAUUGGCUGUUAUUGGUCCACUGGCUAAUUCGACCGAUCUUGGAGGUGGCUAUACAGGGAUUCCAUGCAAGCCAAUAAGCAUUAUGGAAGGACUGAAAGGAUAUGUAAAGGAUAUCUAUCAUGCUGCUGGUUGCCAAGACGUAUCCUGCAAUUCAACGGCUGGUUUUGCAGAAGCUGUCUCCGCUGCUAAGAAAUCUGAUUAUGUGAUUGUUGUAGCUGGGAUAGAUCUGUCUCAAGAAACCGAGGAUCAUGAUAGAUAUAGCCUUCUGCUACCGGGGUAUCAGAUGGAACUCGUCACUGCUGUUGCUGCUGUAAGUAAAAACCCCGUGAUUUUAGUUCUCACUGGCGGUGGACCACUGGACGUGUCCUUUGCUGUUGGAGAUCCACGCGUUGGCAGCAUUCUUUGGAUUGGUUAUCCCGGAGAGACUGGUGGCACCGCCCUCUCACAGAUCAUCUUCGGACACUAUAAUCCAGGUGGAAGACUAACCAUGACCUGGUAUCCGGAGUCGUUCACGAGGGUGCCAAUGAAUGACAUGAACAUGAGAGCAGAUCCAUCUCGUAACUAUCCGGGAAGAACUUACCGGUUCUACACGGGAGACAGAGUGUAUGGGUUUGGUUACGGGCUGAGUUACACGAGCUUCACGUACAAGCUCACAUCAGCACCGUUGAAAUUGAGGUUGCCGGUAUCCAUCAAGGGUAGGCGGAAGAGGAAGUUGGUGGGCAAGGAGUAUAUCUACGUUGAUGAGGUAGCGUAUUGCAGCUCGUUGAGGUUCGAGGUGCAGAUUUCCGUGAGCAACGAUGGAGAUGUUGAGGGGAGCGAAGUGGUGCUUCUGUUUGGUAAAGCGGCGAAGAGAUUGAAAGGGCGUCCAGAAAUGCAGCUAGUCGGAUUUGAGCGCGUCCACAUCUUGCGACGCGAGAGCGCUGAAACGAGGUUCGUUGUGGAUCCUUGCGAGCAUCUGAGCUAUGCGGAUGAGGAUGGGAAGAGAGUGUUGGCUAUGGGAGAUCAUCUUCUUAUAUCACACACCAUCGAGCACAUUGUUUCCAUACAGAUAUGACAAACCUGCACUCUUUCUUCUCUCAUCAACAGAUAUCUGCAACAAAUUGUGAAGCGCAUACAUUUGUUCUUAAUUGGUUUCCACAUUAUCCUAAUUGAUUUCUUCUCCA